UUUAUGUUACUGUUGAUGCGUUAGUCCUCACUUUCUUCCCCGUUAAAAGAAGAAUAUUCUAUCUCCCUUUCGUGCACAGUCCGCCAUUGAAACCCUAGAAACCUGAAACCCCCGAUAAAUUCGUUCGAUAAGAAGAUACGAAGGUGGAGAAAUACAUUGGAAACUAAGACAAGCUAUGAAGACCAAGAAGCCGUUGCCAUUGAAGCAACUCAAGCUUUCCGUUCCUCCUCAAGAAACCAACAUUACUUCCUUCUUGACGGCUAGUGGUACUUUUCAUGAUGGUGAUCUGUUGUUGAACCAGAAAGGUUUGCGGCUUCUAUCUGAAGUGAAGGAAUCCCGUCCUUCUGAUUCUAAGGAGCUUGAUUUUGAAUUCUCACUGGAAGACUUGGAGACUAUUAAAGUCAUUGGAAAGGGAAGUGGUGGUGUUAUACAACUUGUCCGCCAUAAAUGGGUUGGAAAAUUAUUCGCCUUGAAGGUCAUUCAGAUGAACAUACAAGAGGAAAUCCGUAAACAGAUUGUACAGGAGCUGAAAAUAAACCAAGCCUCACAAUCUUCACAUGUCGUAGUUUGCUAUCAUUCUUUCUAUCACAAUGGAGCCUUUUCUCUUGUAUUGGAAUAUAUGGACCGUGGUUCCCUGGUAGAUGUGAUCAAACAAGUCAAAACAAUUCUCGAACCUUAUCUUGCAGUUGUGUGCAAGCAGGUUUUACAAGGUCUUGUAUACUUGCAUAAUGAAAGACAUGUCAUUCAUAGGGAUAUCAAACCUUCUAAUCUACUGGUAAACCACAAAGGAGAAGUGAAGAUUACUGACUUUGGUGUGAGUGCAGUGGUGGCAAGCUCCAUGGGCCAAAGGGAUACAUUUGUUGGAACUUACAAUUACAUGUCGCCAGAGAGAAUUAGCGGCAGUACUUACGAUUAUAGCAGUGAUAUUUGGAGUUUGGGCUUGGUGAUACUAGAAUGUGCCAUUGGACGUUUCCCCUACAUUCAAUCUGAAGAUCAGCAAGGCUGGCCAACCUUUUAUGAGCUUUUGGAAGCAAUUGUUGAGAACCCACCUCCAUCUGCACCAUCAGAUCAGUUCUCCCCCGAGUUCUGUUCAUUUAUAUCAUCCUGCAUACAAAAGGAACCUCGAGACAGACUAUCAUCUUUGGAGCUCUUGAGCCAUCCUUUCAUCAAAAAGUUUGAAGAGCAGGACAUUGAUCUUGGGAUUCUGGUCGGCAGCUUGGAACCUCCUGUAAAUUACCCAAGGGAGGAAGAUGAAAUAAAAUGAAAUGAAUAGUCCUGCACGAGAACUUAAGACUGUUAAUGAACAGAUUUUUAUCAAGCCAUAUGCAAGUCUGUUGCUGUUCAAGCUUUUAUGAGCUCAUAUGUUAUUCUUGUUAUAUGAAACUUGGAGCUGUAGAGGAGCUAAAGAUGUUUAUGCUAAAUGUGACGAUCAAGGCAUAGUGAAUAUCAUUCAGGGGCAUGCCUGGAAACUCACUUCAUAGAGAGAAAAAAAAAUAUACUCCAUUAACUGUAAUAGCAAAACAAAAGACAUUUAAAAA